AAUAUGGCGGCAGGGAGAAAACACAAACAAUUCAUCAGCUGGUAAUAGACAGAAGCAUGGAGAAAAUGAAUGACAGUCCGUCUGAAAAAUCUGAUGUUACCUCGGAUGGAAAAGAGAAUCCAGAGAAAAAAAGACGAAUUCACAUGGAUGUACAAGAGUGCUUUGCACAUGCCCAAACAGAAGAUGGUAUACAUCCUUUGUCAAAUCCUUUAGAAUCUUCAAGCAGGCCAAAACCUUAUAAACUUACUCCUAGACCUCCUCGGAUAAAAGCAUCAUAUGCACAUGGAGUCCACAAUACUUAUAGCUCUGCAACAGUAGUGUCAGAGACAAAUAAUGACUCACCAUCUUUAGGAUCCAGAUUGGUUGAUGCAUAUCACAACAAGACUCCAGGUGGUUUCGGAAGUGCUACUCUUCUCUGUGCUAGUAGUAUGCUACCAGAACUGGCAGAUUUACAAAAGGAAAGUAUCACAACAAAUCAAAAUGCAGGUACUGUACAUCAUAAAACACUGCACACUGAGCUCUCAUCUAUAUGUGUGCCAAAGCAAGAUAGCUGUGAUAACAAAAGUAGUACACCUAGCACUGUAACUAACAGGCAGGGUAUCAGGACAUCAGACAAUAGUCAAGAGCACAAGUCAAUUGGUAAUUUGCCAUCAAGCAGUAACAAAACAUUGAAGUCAAAUGAUAGCCAGAAAAACUCGCGGAGUAACACUCCCUCAAAGAGUGGUAAACAACCAAUUCUACCAAAUCAGCAAAAGAUGACAAAUUUCUUCACAAGCUCUAAGGAAUGUAAAUCAGAAAGUGAAAAAAGUUGUCAUGAUGAUAGCUACGUGUAUGGUACAGUAGCGUCCAGUUACACUCCUAUUAAAAAUGUUGGAGGUUCUUCUGUUGUGUUCGUUAUUGACGAUGAAAGCCCUGACUUUCUCUCCCGACAGAAAGCAUCGCAAGAAAGCAGUUCUGGGUAUUCCUCCACUAAGAAUUCACCUGCCAAGUGUUCACUUAAAGAUUUCAAAGAAAAUGCUGUUGUCAAGAAGCUUUUCGCAGGACAGAAAAGCCUUGUUGAUAAUCCUAACUUGAAACCUGUGAAGGCUUCAUCUGUGAGUUCUAGUCCAAAUAGGUUUGGUUCUCAUAAGAAAAGCAUGUAUUCAAAAAAGGAACCAAAAACUGAGCAGCUAAUGAGAAUGGAAAUUGACUCUAUUUCAUCUUCAGAUGAUGAAUGUAUGUCACAAGCCCUUGACUGUGCUAUAACCGACACAUUUGGACUUUUGGGAAAUGGAACCAUGAAGAAAAAGGAGGAAGAGAAGAUAGAUUAUUUCAGUAUAUUACCCACUGAAGUGAUGGAGCAUAUCUUUUGUCAUCUACCAAUGUUAGACCUGUGUCUCAAUAGCAAUAAAGUGUGUAAACGAUGGAAUGAGAUCAUCUCAUCUGAAAAGUUUAUGCCAUGGAAAAAACGUUACCACAAGCUGAAGAAGAAUGUAGAGGGUACCACAGAUGAAAUGAUAGGUGUUCUGAAGACCAACAACAUGAGAUCCCCUUCACUGUUCCUGACACAAAUCAUCAGUUACAUGAGGGACAUAAAGCCAGUGACAUCCAGUAAUAUGAAUCAGUGUCUGCAGACACUCCCUAAGUACCAUUGGGCCAAGGAACUCCUGGACGAGAGGGCACCACACUGCAUUAUCAACAAGGAGCCUAACCCUUGGAGUAUGAUCACCUGUUUGGUGAUUAUAGCAGAUUCAGUACAGGAAAUACAGAAAGUACUUGCCUGCCUUACAUCUCCCAUGUCUGACUGUACCACACAGGAGGUUCUGGAAUGUCUCUAUCGCCUCGCAGCAUUCUUCAUGAAAUUCAAAAGAUUAUGGUCCAAAGGCCCAUUUACUGGAAUUCAUUACCGGCUGUUCUAUGCACUGUACUUGUAUGAGAAUGCAUCUGCUUCCAAUUUGGGGGACCUGAAGGGAGCUCUCACCGGGAAAGCUGGCCAACAGUGUAUGGUCAAGUAUGGUUGUGCAGAGACCAGCUUGAGGUUGACUCAUGAACAGAUGAGGGUGGUAAACCAUGACUGUCUCCCAGGAGAACUGGCCAAGAUUGUUGCUUUUGCAGGUACUGGGAAGACUACCACACUGGUGAGAUACACACAGCUGAGGCCACAAACCAAGUUCCUUCUGGUGGUGUUUAACAAGUCUGUGUGUGAUCAUGCGAGGACCAAGUUCCCUCGGAAUGUCGACUGUAAGACGGGUCAUGCUUUGGCCUUUGGCAAAGUGGGAUUUAGGUACAAAAACGCUGGAAAGUUCAGAGGGAAUGGCCCAACUGUUUACAGCAUCACACAGACCAUUCAAAAUAAGAAGGGAGAUAACUUGUUUGUACGGGCCAAGUUUGUCCUUGACACCUUGAAUACUUUCCUUUCAUCUGCUGAUCCUAUUCCAACUGAAGAUCAUGUACCAGACUUCAGAACUGAUGAUGCAGGCAAUAGGGUACCAAUAGAUCCCCUUAAGAGGAAGAUGUAUGUUGAUGACACCUCUUACCUGUGGAAUCGCAUGAAGGAUCUGAAUGAUAAGAAUGUUCCGAUAUCACAUGAUGGAUACCUGAAAUUGUACCAGCUGAGUCGGCCCCGCCUCCACUAUGACUGUAUCCUGAUAGACGAGGCUCAGGACCUUACACCAGCUAUAUCGGAUAUCCUGCUCAGUCAGAACACCUCUAAGAUCCUGGUCGGGGACCCACACCAGCAGAUCUACUCCUUUAGGGGGGCAAUCAACUCAAUGCAGAUUGUGCAAGCUUCUACAAUCUUCUACCUGACACAGUCGUUCCGGUUUGGUCCAGAGAUUGCAGAAAUUGCAGCUUGCUGUUUGGAACUACUGAAAAACGAGAAAAAGAAAAUACUGGUUGGAAAUGGCCAAACAUGUCAAGUUUUAGGAGAACAAGUUGGUCAACUAGCUGUCCUGACCAGGUGUAACUUUACACUGUUUAAUGAAGCUGUGAAGAGGUGUUGUCAUGAGAACACCGAGGAUAAGGUGGCAUUUGUUGGUGGCACAGAUGGGUUUGGUUUUGGAAUGAUCAUGGACAUAUACUGUCUGUUGUUAACCCCAGAACAAAGGAAGAAAGAGAGGAGAGAAAUAGAACACAAACUGGUCAGAUCCUUCAACAGCCUCCCUGCACUGGAGAAAUAUGCUACAAAAGUUCAGGACAACGACCUCCUGGGCAAGAUAAAAAUCGUCAGACAACAUCACCAUAAUCUUCCAGGUUACAUUGAUAAAAUCCUUAAGAAGACCAUUCGUGACACAAGAGUGGCAGAUGUGGUGCUGAGUACAGCACAUAAGUCCAAGGGUCUGGAGUUCAGUACUGUACACCUGACGGAUGACUAUGUUACCUAUAUACAGUUACAGGAGCUGGAGCAGCAGUUCAUUGGUACACCCUUACGUUUGCCGAGUGAGGACGAGAGUAACCUGUUGUAUGUAGCAGUAACUCGGGCUAAGAAUGCUCUCAUCAUGUCACCCACCCUGACCAAGCUGAUACAGAGGGCCGGGUGUGCAUUUGAGUAUCCAGUGUUGAGCUCAGUGUUGAAAGAUAAAGGUGUGGCAUUCACAUGCAUGAAAACUGGAUCCGAGUUUAAGCCAUAUGCAUUGACAUUACAGAAAAGGGAUGUGAAAUUGAGCAAUGGUACAACCAUCGCAGGUGGAGUAUAUAGUCCAGGGAGUAUUAAAGUGGAAAACACCCUGUGGGACGGACUCCUUGGUACCACCGCUGAGGACCGCAAAAAAGAGGAGGAAUACGAGGAAUCGAGGAGGAAUAUAUGACGGGCCUAUAGAAAGUGGGCAUGCUAUAACCAGAGAACAAUUAAAUGUUUACGAAAACUGGAAGGAUUUAACAUUGUGUUAAAGAAGAGAGAGAAUAGGAGCGAUCAAAACAGACAUUUGUGUUCAUAAUACAGAAAAGGAACAUUUAAAACAGACAUUUGUGUUUGUAGUACAGAAAAGGAACAUUUAAAACAGACAUUUGUGUUCGUAGUACAGAAAAGGAACAUUCAAAACAGACAUUUGUGUUCAUAAUACAGAAUAGGAACGAUCAAUCAGACAUUUGUGUAUGUGUUCGUAGUACAGAAUAGGAACGAUCAAUCAGACAUUUGUGUACGUGUUCGUAGUACAGAAUAGGAAUGAUCAUCAAAACAGACAUUUGUGUUAAGAAUACAGAUCACAAACAUUCCAAAUAGACAUCAGCUAGUAAUGAUUUGAGGAAAGCUUCUUGACAAUAAAAGGUUCUGGGAAAAUGUCAACCAGUUUAAGAGGGAACUGUCUUCUGUAUGAAAAUGUUACAUUGAUUAGAUAAGUGUAGACUGCUGAUGAGACUCGUCAUUACAUAACCUGCAGUACUGUAGCUGUUAAUUAACGAUGAGACCCGUCAUUACAUAACCUGUUAAUUAACGAUGAGACCCGUCAUUACAUAACCUGCAGUAGCUGUUAAUUAACGAUGAGACUCGUCAUUACAUAACCUGCAGUAGCUGUUAAUUAACGAUGAGACCCGUCAUUACAUAACCUGCAGUAGCUGUUAAUUAACGAUGAGACCCGUCAUUACAUAACCUGCAGUAGCUGUUAAUUAACGAUGAGACCCGUCAUUACAUAACCUGCAGUAGCUGUUAAUUAACGAUGAGACCCGUCAUUACAUAACCUGCAGUAGCUGUUAAUUAACGAUGGGACCCGUCAUUACAUAACCUGCAGUAGCUGUUAAUUAACGAUGAGACCCGUCAUUACAUAACCUGUUAAUUAACGAUGAGACUCGUCAUUACAUAACCUGCAGUAGCUGUUAAUUAACGAUGAGACUCGUCAUUACAUAACCUGCAGUAGCUGUUAAUUAACGAUGAGACCCGUCAUUACAUAACCUGCAGUAGCUGUUAAUUAAUGAUGAGACUCGUCAUUACAUAACCUGCAGUAGCUGUUAAUUAACGAUGAGACACGUCAUUACAUAACCUGCAGUAGCUGUUAAUUAACGAUGAGACCCGUCAUUACAUAACCUGCAGUAGCUGUUAAUUAACGAUGAGACCCGUCAUUACAUAACCUGCAGUAGCUGUUAAUUAACGAUGAGACCCGUCAUUACAUAACCUGCAGUAGCUGUUAAUUAACGAUGAGACCCGUCAUUACAUAACCUACAGUAGCUGUUAAUUAAUGAGGGACCAACGACAGUCAACUUAGUAUCAAGUAAAAAUGUGCUCCUAAAUGAUUUCUGUAUUGUUUACAGUACAUUUCCUAUUGAUGUAGUGUAGGUUUAAUCCGGGAUUUUGUGGAAUAUGUUAUGUUGAUGAGAAAUGUUUUUAUUUAUGAUGUUAUGUAGAUAUUAGAAAUGUAUAUUUAUUAGUGUGUAUAUAUUACGUAGAUGUUAAUGUUUCUGUUGAGAAGUAUAUUUAUUAGUGUGUAGAUGAAAAUGUUUCUGUUGAGAAUAGUUCAGUGAUGUUGAUACUGCUUUUUAGUUACCAUGUAUAGCAGUUUAAACAAUUACCCUGGUAUAAACUUGGUGGUGUCUGUUUGAACAGACUUACAGUUUGGUACUAGUUGGUCAUAUUCCAUUGAAAUAGUACUUUCAGACAUUUAUGUCACAGAUACAAAAAUUGCAUUACCCAAUGUGAUUCAGAAACUUUUUUAUUAGACUUUUUGUGUUUUAUACGACAUGUAAGACUUUGCUGUAAUGAGUAUAUUGUUUGAUUUUGUGAUCUGGUUUGAGGUAUGUUCAGAUUGAAAGGGUAUUAUAGACAAGAGAGUACUAGAGAAGGAGAGGAAAUUUAGAGUGUAUAACUGUCAUUAUUAAAAUGAGAUUUUUAGCCCACCAUCAUCAGAUGGUGGGCUAUUCAAAUCGCCCUGCGUCCGUGGUCCGUCGUCCGUCCGUCCGUCCGU